AGCCCGGCCGUGUUGCUUAUCGCCCUGUGUGUGUGUGUCACUCUAUUUCUGACUCUCCUGCAGUCACUGUGUGUGUGUGUGUGUGACUGUGGUGGUGUUUGUGUGGCAGCCGGACUCUCUUAACGUUAACCUCCUGGAUAUUUCUCUGUUCCUGCAGGUUGUGUUUCUCUGCGCACACACACCACCACUCUGACAUCACACCUGGCUGACCUCUGUGUGACCUCCCCCCCACACACACCCCUGAACCCCUGAUCCACCCCCCCCCCCAUCACCCGUCUGAACCAACAUGGCGCUGUCGUCACGCUUAAAACUGUGGGAGAAGAAGAUAAAGGAGGAGAAAACGCCAGUGGCCGCAGCCGACCCUCCGCCUCCUCUGUCCGCUCUGCCGGGCGGCUUCCUCAAGCAGCUGGUCAGAGACUCGGAGAAGGAGACCAAACAGAAAGAACCGGAGGCCAAAGACGAGAGAACUCAGCCAAGCAAACUGAGCGACAACCUCGUGCAGCAGUUCCUCCUCCCGGAUCAGACUCCUCCCAUCCUCGAGGCCGAGAUGUUGCUGCGGGCCGAGCAGCUCAUCGACAACAGCAAGCAAGGACACAACUCUGCCCAAUCAGAGGGCAGCAGGUCAACGUCUCAGAUGCUCGUCGUCACACCUGAACAAAGGGAACCCAGACAGGUGACCCCGGAGCCGCCGAAGAAGCAACAAGCCGACAUGAAACCGGAGAAAAGCCAGAAGAAGAAGCAGGAGAAGGAGAAGGAGCGGAGAGAGGAGGUGAAGCAGGUGAAGAAGGUGGAGAAGAAAGAGGAAGUGAUGGAGGAGAGACUGGAGCCGGAGGGAAGGUUAGCAGACGCGACCGUAACAGAAGAAGUCAGCAGAGAGGCGAGUGUGAAGACGAGAGACGUUUGGUAUGAAGCCGGAACCGUGUGGUACGUCCACAAAGAUGGUUUCACUUUGGCCACUCAGUUGAAGCCAGAUGAAGGCACGCCUGAACUCCCAGAAGGCCGAGUGAGAGUCCGCCUGCAGACGGACAGAUCGCUGCACGACGUCACAGAGUACGAGAUCGAGAAGUGUAACCCGUCAGACCUGGACUUGUGUGAGGACCUGAGCGACCUGCAGAGCGUGAACGAGUGUGGAGUCCUGCACACGCUCACCAGUCGAGCUAAAGCUAACAUGCCGCUAACACGCGCCGGACCGAACCUGUUGAACUUCUGGCCUCCGUUAGAGACGCACAGCAAGACUCCGAGGUCUCGUCGGGGGGAGUCGGUGUGGGACGCUCCUCCGGCUCUGGCCGCUCUGGUCAAACGUGUGUACGUGUCGAUGGUCGGGACCCGGAGGGACCACAGCGUGUGCGCCGUGGGACGCAGCGGGACCGGGAAGACGACGGCGUGCCAGGCCUUCACGCACGCUCUGCUCAAUCAGGCGGGAACGACGGGGGAGAAGAUCAGCGCUGAGCGCGUGCGGGCCAUGUUCACCGUCCUCCGCUCGUUCGGCUGCGUGAGCUCUCAGCACAGCCACGCCUCCUCUCGCUUCGCCAUGGUCUUCUCUCUGGACUUUAACCACGCGGGAAAGGUCUCUGCAGGACACCUCCAGACGAUGAUGCUGGACAAAUGGAAAGUGUGUCAGAAAACUCCAGGAGAGAGUAACUUCCUGGUCUUCUCUCAGCUGCUCGGAGGACUCAGCACGGAGAUGAGGACAGAGCUGCAGCUUCAUCAGCUCUCUGAGUCCAACUCCUUUGGGAUCGUUCAUCCCACCAAGGUUGAGGAGAAACAGCGAGCGUCUGUCGCCUUCACCAAGCUGCUGACUGCCAUGGAAACGCUGGGCUUCUCGUCCGGCGAGCAGAAGGCGAUCUGGCAUGUUCUGGCCGGUAUUUACCAUCUGGGAGCAGCCGGGGCCUGCAAAGUGGGCAGGAGACAGUUUGUGAGCUUCGACAGCGCUCAGGUGGCCAGCGGCGUGCUCGGCUGCGAGGGAGAGGACCUGCACACGGCCGUCUUCAAACAUCACCUCCGACAGCUGCUGCAGAGAGCCACCGGGGGCAGCAGAGAGCGGAACGCCGCGGCAGAGGGCGAGGAGGGUCCCAGACUAACAGCAGCUCAGUGUGUGGAGGGGAUGGCUGCAGGACUCUAUGAAGAACUCUUUGCCACCAUCGUCUCUCUGAUCAACAGAGCUCUGAGCAGUCAGCAGCUGACGUUGGCGUCCGUCAUGGUCGUGGACACUCCGGGUCUGAGGAACCCGAGACACUCAGCAGAGGAGCGAGCGGCCGGCUGGUCGGAGCUCUGCCACAACUACCUGCAGGAGAGGCUGCUGGAGCACUACCACACACACACCUUCACACACACGCUGGACAGAUACGCACAGGAGAAGAUCCCGGUGGAGUUGGAGUGUCCGGAGAAGAGUCCUGCUGAGGCGGUGUCGGCCAUCGACCAGCCUCCUCCACAGGUCCGGGCGGCAGAUGGAGACCCCAGAGGUCUGUUAUGGGUUCUGGAUGAGGAGAUGGUGACACCAGCCUCCAGUGAGAACAGCGCCCUGGAGAGAGUCUGCCAGUACUACAGCAACACUGUGCGUCAGUGCGAGCAGCCGCUGCAGUGCGAGCUGAACCACCUCAUGAGCUGUGACCCGAUCCGCUACGACCUGACAGGCUGGUUCGGUCUGAUCCAGAACAACCCGUCUGCUCAGAACGCCAUCUGUGUGCUCCAGAACUCCACCAUAGCGGAGGUGAAGGCCAUGUUCACCCCCAGAAUCUCUGUGCCCCCCCUGUGUCGAAGUCUGGGGGGUCUGGAGGGGGCCAGCCAGCGGUCCCUGCAGAGGAACGGCACCAUCAGGAAAACGUUCAGCGGAGGGAUGGCGGCCAUACGCAGACACUCGCAGUGCAUCGCGGUCAAACUGCAGGCGGACGCUCUGGUGAACCUGAUUCGUCGAGCCCGACCCGUGUUCCUGCAGUGUGUGAGCACAAAGAACGAGGGAGGGAGUUUCGACAUCCCAGCGCUCAGAGUGCAGCUUCACUCCACACAGAUCCUGUCGGCCCUGCAGAUGCACCGCACAGGUUAUCCCGAGCACAUGACUCUCAGCGACUUCAGGUGUCACUUCCAGGCGUUGUCUCCCCCGAUCAUGAAACGAUACGCGUCGAUGUUCGUCAGCCACGACGAGAGAAAGGCGGUGGAGGAGCUGCUGGUGGAUCUGGAUCUGGAUAAGAAGAGCAUCGUGGUGGGGGCCAGCCGGGUGUUCAUGAAGAGAGGUGUGCUGCGGUACCUGGAGCAGCAGAGAGACCAGCAGGUCACCGGCUGGCUGCUCCACCUUCAGGCCUCCUGUCUGGGACAUCUGGCCCGUCAGAAGUACAGGAAACUCAAAGUGCAGCAGAUGGCGGUCAGGUGUCUGCAGAGUAACCUCCGCGCUCUGAGAGUCGCAGCAAAGUGGAGCUGGUGGAAACUUUUCUGCAAAGUGCGUCCUCAGCUCAACGUCAACAUGGACAACGAGAGGCUGCGGGCUAAAGAGGACGAGAUAUCAGCUCUGAGGCGACGCCUCGAGAAAUCAGAGAAGGACAGGAACGAGCUGAGACAGUCUGCAGACGGACUGGAGACCAAGGUUACAGCCGUGACAUCAGAGCUGAGUGAUGAGCGUUUCCGUGGCGAUGCGGUGGGUCAGGCUCUGGAUGUGGAGCGGGCCGAGAGACUCCGACUCAGCAGAGAGAACAAAGACCUGCAGGCUCGUCUAGACCAGUGCAAGGUCAGCAUGGAGACUCUGGAGAAGCAGCUGGAGGAGGAGAAGCAGAGAGUCCAGAUGGCUGAGAGUCAGAGAGGAGGGGGAACAGACAGCGAGCUGGCCAUGCAGCUGGAGUGCUGCCAGACCGAGGUGGAAUUUGUCCGCAGACGACUCAAGCAGACGGAGGAAAAACUGGAGACGGAGAGAGAGACGAGACAACAGCUCGAUACCAAGGUGGCGUCUCUGCAGGCCCAGCUGGAGCAGUCCCGGCGGAGCGCUAUAGACCUGAAACGUCACUGUCGUCGCGUGACCUCUGACCUCCAGGACGCUCGUGUCCUCACUGACAGCCUGCAGAGCCGCAUGCACGAGCUGGACCGCAAACAGAGACGGUUUGACAGUGAGUUGACUCAGGCUCUGGAGGAAGCUGACAGUGAGAGGGAGCAGAAGGACAAAGCCUGUCAGGAGAACACGUCUCUGGGUGCAGAGAUCUACACGCUGCGCCGCAACCUGCAGGAGAGCCAGUCAGAGGUGAGCCGUCUGCAGAAGCAGAAGGAGGAGUUGUGCGCUCAGAUCCGUGACCUCAGCCUGCCGGUCGAUCUCGCCUCCGAGUCGCUGCCCGACCUCAAGAAGCAGCUUCGUCUCCUGGAGAGUCAGGCGGGCGAGAGAGCGACGGAAAUCAGCACGCUCGCCGCCAGAAUUCAGCAGCAGCAACAGAUCCACAUGCGCUUUGAGAUGGAGAUGGAGCGGAUGAAGCAGAUCCAUCAGAAGGAGUUGGAGGAUAAAGAGGAGGAGUUAGAGGAUGUGCACAAGUCCUCUCAGAGACGGCUGAGGCAGUUGGAGAUGCAGUUGGAGCAGGAGUACGAGGAGAAACAGAUGGUGAUCCAUGAGAAGCACGACUUGGAAGGACUGAUAGCAACUCUGUGUGACCAGGUCGGCCACAGAGACUUCGACGUGGAGAAGAAGCUGAGGAGAGACCUGAAGAGGACUCAUGCCCUGCUGGCCGACGCCCAGCUGCUCCUCUCCACCGUCGACAACCCGGGGCAGAACUUCCCCAACGGCAGCAGAGAGCAGAUAGAGCGCCUGCACUGCCAGCUCGAGGAGAACGAAGUGAGGCGUCUGGAGGCGGAGAGCAUUCAGACGACACUCUCUCAGGAGCUGGAGAACACUCAGAUCGAACUGGAAAAUCUCUGCAAACAGAAGAGUUUGGUGGACGAGCAGUUAGCGCUGCUGCAGCACGAGAAGGUGGACCUACUGAAGAGACUCGAGGAGGACCAGGAAGACCUCAACGAGCUGAUGAAGAAGCACAAAGCGCUCAUCGCUCAGUCGUCGAGUGACAUCUCUCAGAUCAGAGAGCUUCAAGCUGAGCUGGAGGAGGUGAAGAAACAGAGGCACUCCCUGCAGGAGGAGCUCCAGCAGAGCGUGUCCAGGGUGCAGUUCCUGGAGUCGUCCACUGUGGGGCGCAGCAUCGUCAGUAAACAGGAGGCGCGUGUGUGUGACCUGGAGAACAAACUGGAGUUCCAGAGAGGGCAAGUGAAGAGGUUUGAGGUGCUGGUGCUGCGUUUAAGGGACAGCGUGGUGCGCCUGGGGGAGGAGCUAGAGCAGUGCGCCCAGGCUGAAGCUCGGGAGAAGGAGAACGCGCGGUACUACCAGCAGCGCGUUCAGGACAUGAGGCUGGAGAUGGAGGAGCUGAUCCAGAGGGAGCAGGACAGCAGCCGCAGACGCAUGGAGCUGGAGAUGCAGCUGGAGGAGCUGAGCGCCGUCAGGCAGGCGCUGCAGGCCGACCUGGAGACGUCCAUCCGCCGCAUCGUGGACCUGCAGGCGGCGCUGGAGGAGGUGGAGUCGAGCGACGAGAGCGACUCAGAGAGCGUUCAAACUGCUGUGGAGUCCUUGACUCGAAAGAAAGACCUUGACUCCGUGUCCAGCGCCGGCUCCGUCGGGACGGAGGAUGUCGGCGAGGGGAUCCGUCAUUGGUUAGGAGUUCCCAGAGGAGGGUCCCGAGGUGGAGGCUCUCCGUACGGCAGCAGUACCAUCAGCAGCCAAGGGGGGCGCCAGUCCAUCGCUGACACAAUGAGCACCUACAGUUUCCGUUCCUGCAUGGAUGACGACGGCUCUGAGGUCGGAGCGUCCCGUGGUCUCGGUCGCGCUCCGUCCUCGUCCGCUCUGUCUGAGCUGCUGGAGGGACUCCGCAAACGGCGAGCGGGCGGCGAUGCAGGCGACGGAGCCGGGAGCGCCGUCUCCCUGCCCGUUUAUCAAACGACGGCGGCCUCCACCCUCAGACGGAGAGCCUCCACCCUCUCCCUCGGACCCGACGACCUCCAGGAGCCCCGGCCCGGCCCCAGCAUCCUGAAACCCUCGUCCCCGCUCAUGCCGCGCUCCUCCAGCUCGCGCUCCGUCAGCGAUCCUCCGCCGUCCGUGUCCGCGUCUUUGGCCGGAGCCAAACUGUCUCGCUACAGCUCCAACGACUCAGUCUCCUCUGUCCCCUCGCUGCCCCGCCUCUCCUCCCUGGCGUCCUCCCUCGCCUCCCGCCACCGCCCCCCGUCCCUCUCCAUCCCAGAAGAGGACUCAGAAGAACCCCGCCGCUCUGUGACCACUCCCAUCCAGCGCUCCCCUCAGCCUUUGAGGCGGUGCAUGCUGGGAAGUCUCAUCACAGACGAGGGAGGUGAAGCCCCUCUGGGGUCAGAACCCCUCGUCUUCCAAAACCGCCGCCUCACCGAGGACAACGACGCUGCCGCCGCUUUAGACAUCUUGCCCGCCAUCCGGAGGGCUCAGUCCACCAGCAGCAUCGCUAGCUCGGUGCGAGGAGGCAGGAGGGCGCUGAGCGUCCACUUUGGAGACCUGCCUCCCUCCACCCGCAGCAGGAAGGGCUCCGAGACCGAGUCAUCCAGCUCAGGCGGGUCGGGGGGAAGCUCUCAGGGCGGAGGGUCGAAACGAAGGUACGAGAGGCCGCAGGGGGAGAGACUGGAGGCGGAGGGGAGCGAGGGGGGAGACGUGGCGUCCGUCAUGAAGAGAUACCUGAAAAAGGAAGUGGACUGAAGCAGCAGG